UUGAAGGAAGGUCGCAAAAGCGGGCCCCUUAUUUUCCUUCGUUUUUCGCGCGAUAAAAUUGUGCAAAACCCGUGCGCGGCCGGUCGGGCGGUCGGUCGAUCGAUCGAGAAGGAAAAUGCGAUCGACGAUUGCGUGUCGGUUCGCUGGAAAGUAAGAAAAUCGCUUGGCCGCUUGCAAUUUGCUCCGUGCGUGUGUACGCGUGUGUGUGUGUGUGUGUUUGUUUUUGUGUGUUUUAAGGGGGUGGGCGGAAGAAUCACUUCCCGAAAAUCCGUGCUGGUCGCACCGGGACCCGGGGAUGGCCCUUAUCAGUAAAUCCCGAUCAUCAUCGCGGCCCCUGGAACAAGCAGCAGUUCUCGGCCUCGCUGAGUGGUGGCUUAGUGUAUCAAAUGUGCCAUGAGGAUAUAAACAUACAAAAGGAUCACGAACGGACGAACGAAACGCUCAGAGAAAUCCCUCGCAGAACUCUGACGGAACAAAGGAAGCGGAAGAAGAAUACGAGAAAUCCAGCAAACACCAAGUGAAACAAACGAUGGAUCCCGGCGGUCCAUGGUCGUACACGUACAACCGAAUACCGGGCCCGGCAGGUGGAGAGUUCCAUCAUCAUCUGGCGACGGCGGCGGCCGCGGCCGGGGGAGCCGCGGGAUUGACUGCACAUCACAAUGCCGCCGGGGUAACAGGAGUACCUUCAACCACCUCGCAGCUGCUGCUGCAAGCGCACACCAACACGCUAACCGGUGCGGCGGGCGGUCCAUUCAAUGCCCCGGCUGGCUUCCUGCCCACGGCCGCGAGUGUCACGGGGUACGAUGCCGUACUGUCACCGUUCUUUCACCCCGCAGCCAAUCCCAAACCUGCCCACUACAGUACUACAGGCGGCGGCAGUGGGAACACCAACUCAGCACAACACCGGCAGGUGCUAGCACAAUCCCAGAACCCGGCCACAAUGGCUGCUGCUGCAGCGGCAGCAGCAGCAGCUACCGCAGCAACUGUCGUCAUCAAACAGCAACCGCCUUCAGAUGGCACGGACGUUCGGGGCAACUACACCGUGGCCACCACUCCUGCUCAUCAACAAGCAGCCCUCGGAUCGUUUUUUGAACAGCAGCAGGCCUCGAACAAUGGACCACAACACAGUGGGCCAACGGUUGGAGGUGGAAGUGGAACUGGCAAUGGCUGGCAAGCUGGAACAGCUGGCAAUAAUCAACUUCCCAGUCCGUUCGGUAUUAUGCCACACGAAAAUGUCCUUCCACCGAGUCCUUCCAAUGCUCCGGUGUCGGGAGGUGGCGGUCCGGCUUCGAAGGGAGCCACUGUCAGUGGCCAUCCGUACGAGCCCUUUGGCGCUCAUUACGGCAAUGCACUGAACCAUCAUCAUCCGCAUCAUCAGGCGCCCCACCACCAGCAACAACAGCAGCAGCAUCAGCAGCAACAACACCAGUUAACGUCGUUAUCUGGUAAGGUAGCUGCCGCGGCCACAACUCCAGCCAUCGGUCGAGCUACAUCGCCUUCCGUCACAAAAUCGGUGGGACAAACGGCACCUCCCUCUGGCAGUUAUUUUUCACCUACCGCUGCUAGCGGCAGCAGCGUGGCUUCCGCUCCCUAUCCGGUAAACGAAUCUCAUGCAUCAUCGGCCAUCACCUAUCCAGGUGGGAUGGGUUUGAUGGCCUCAUCGGCUGCUGCACAACAUCACAACGCUACCGGCGGUCCCGGUACUGCAAGUAAGUCUUGUCCUCCACCGAACGUUCGGCGUAUCGGAUGUUCGUCUUCGCUCCUAUCGACGUCAGCGACCGAGUCACCAAACGCUGCGACCUCUCCCAGAACCCAGACGUCGUCUCCUUCCACGAUGCCGAUGCUGGUUCUAACCCCUUCGGCAAGUUUAUCCAGUGCCAGUGAAAAUCGGUACCAAUCGCGCCAACCACCUCCUCUCGCUUCCCCAUCCUCUACAUCCUCUUCUCCUUCCCCAUCGUUGUACUUAACAUCAUCCCGUGGAGUGGCCGAGUUGAAUCGAUUGACUGACAGCAAAGGAUAUCAUCCCCACAUUCACCAUCAUCAUCGUCAGCAGCAGCAGCAGCAACAACAACAACAGCAGCACCCGCAGCACAACCCCCACCAACAAGCGACGCAUCAUCUGCACUAUACGAUCCCUAGGCCGUCGAUGAUACAUUCGCCACCGAGUGGAUCACCGGCACAAGUGAUCGUCAGUCAGCAGCCGCAAUCAUCGCCAAUCAGCUAUUCGUUGACAGAUAGCCAGCAGCUCAAUCGCAACUCCACCAGUAACAGCAGCAAUAAUAGUAAUAGUAGUAGUAACAAUAUUGCGUCACUGUCCGCAUAUCAGCACCAACAACCGCCCGCCAGUGCCUCUCUUACUUUUAGGUCCAGUAGCUAUAAUUCCCACCUGAUCGCGGCUCGACAUGGUCACGAUCCAUCGUCCACGACCGACUACGGUUCGCGUAUCUCACAAGGUGGUGGUGGUGGUGGUGGUAGCAGUAGCAGCGGUGGUAGUGGGGCAGGCGGGGAUUCACCCGGUUUGUCGCCCGAUACGACGGGGAUCCUAGGAUCCCACCAUAAUACUCAUCAUCCCUCAUCAUAUCACAUGUUGGCGAUGGCAGCGGCUGCCGCUGCAGCCGCCGCAGUCACGGCCCACAGUGGGCCUCCUCCUUCUUCUAGCAGCUUCCCUGCGCUCAGCUCGGGAAUGCCACCGUCAUCGCCGGCCGCCGGUUCCACUUCGUCCUCGUCGUCAGGUGUUUCGUCGGACUACUCACGCAAGGGAUCACCGUCGCUCUCUCUUUCAGCUAGUAACUGCUACCCGCCCUAUCAUCAUGUUGCUUCGGCAAGCGCUGCCGGUGGCCACCAGCAGCAGCCAACGUAUGCCGCGCUGCAAUUGUCGCAACAGAUGCAGUCAGUCGGCUAUCCAUCCGUGAUUACGCGAAUAACCCACACGCCAACUGACCAGCAGCGAUCUAGAUCACCUCACCCCGAUCAAUGGUCAGCGGAGAGUGAAAGCAAACCCGAUCCGAUGCAACUCGUCAAGAACCUUCAAAGGCCACCGAUGGCAACGGACCAAGGAAAGUGCAGUGUAACCGCCACAUCAGCACCUUCCCCCAAGACGAAAGGUUCCCGAUCAGGAGCAGGGGCAGCACAGCAAAAGAGCACAGCACCAGCAAAGCCGGCCAGACGCAAAAAGGCAGACGCUAGCGCAACGGCUCAGGUGUCCAAGACGACAAAAACGAAAGGGAAAACCAAAAGUCGUACAGCAAUAGCAGCGAAUAACGGGCAUGAGGAUAUCGAUGCUCAAAGCCGAACACUGAACGAUCGUUUGCAAGCAGAAGAAAAUGUCCCGAUCAAGAUGGAACAGUGUGAACCACAGGCGACGACAGCGUUGAUGAGAGAUCGAUGGAACUAUGGGGGUAGCGAUGGUAGUGGUGGAGCCCAUUUGGUGCAAACACCUUCCAAUAACAACUCGUCAUCUGCCUCCUCGGGCUCUUCACAGUCCGGGGCAGCCACUUUUUUCAGUUCCUCCGCACACCCCAUUUACAGUCCCAUUUACCACCACCAGGCUUCCAGUCAUCAAUCUCAUCAUCAUCAACAUUAUUAUCCUCCAUUUCAUGCCUUGUCAGAUUCCGCCAAUAGGCCAUCUAGUAUGGUUUCACUUCCUUCCAGUGAAGUUAGUCGUGGGACUGGUAGUGGUGGUGGCGGUGGUCCAACGGAUUCCGUCAGUACAAACUCACUAGGAUCGACAAGCCCCGCGGCAUCUUCCUCCUCUUACAUGCCACUUGUGAGUGAUCCGAGUGCUAUCAGAAAUGGGCAUAGGAGCGAAGACGAACAGCGGCAGCUGGAGGAGAAAGCAUUAGCUGAGAAAGUCGUAGUGCCGGAUAUAGAAGAGGAACUUGGCUUUCUUUCAGAACACAACGGAGCGCAUCCUAGUACGACGAGUAAAGUGAACAGCGAAGGAAGAGGAACCAUGGCUAAUGUAGCGAGUAAAGGGGAGCCACCAUCAGCAGCAACGACAUCAAGCGGUAGCACCAACACGGCUACAAACAAUGGCUGCGUAACAAAUGCAUUGAAGAAACUCAACCUACCCGCCAACAUGACCAAGGGCUUCAUGGGUAGUUAUCUCAAGUUUCUGCAAGGUGAGCGCGAUAGUUCACCACCACCGACGUCACGCGGCGGUCGUAAGGCAACCUGGCUGCGCCAAACGACAGUUAACGCAGCUGCAGCGUCGAACAAAAAUAGUUUCAACUCCACUACGCCAGCCUCUUCGGCGGCAGCAGGACCAGGGGCUACAGCCACGACUUCUACCCAAGCUGGUCUGGCAACUGGUAGAAAGGCACAAGGAAACAACGCCAAACAGGACGUUAGUAGUAGCAAGCACGAAAUACAAAUGCAACAACUUAACGAUGUUAAUCAUGGUAUUUCCCCCUUGGCUCUGCAGGCCAAACCGUCUCCGAUCGGGACGGAUGGAACAUCGUCGAUGACUGGUCUAUCGCAAAACACGAGUGGGAAAGAUAAUCGCAAACGAAAGUACAACAACACAUCGUCAUCGGGCGGUUCAGGAUGUCAAGAAGAUCCACUCUCAAUUCCACAGCGACGCCAAACCACUAGUCGGAAGGCAAAAACGAAAGCAAAACUGAAGCAACCGCUUUUUGAUGCCGACGAACCGGCCGAUUUUGAACAUGAUUCCGACUCCGACCCGGCCUGGACACCAACGGCGGCUUCCAUGCAGGAGCUGGAGAAAGAUGAAUUUGAUUCAAAUGGACGCAAGAAAGUGUCCAAGAAAUUAUUAGCCCGAGGCACAAUCAAGGCAGAGCAACAGGACAACGCUUCGGUCCGGUCCAAUAUUCUUUCAGUGGCGGCUGCUGGUGCAGGAAUAGCAGAUUAUGAUUAUGCCAGUGAAGAGGAUACCACCAAUCCCCCCGGCCAGGUUAAUGUUUCUCUAGUGCAGCAGUCGCCGCAGCAACAAUCAACUACCAUGCUGCAGCAUCAUCUACCGCAACCGACAGUACCCAACACGCAGCAACAACAUCAAACGUUGCCAUCGGUAAUGAGUCCUGCACCACUAGGUGCUAUGUACGGUCAGCAAUCUGCAGGCAGUCACAUGGCAGGGUCAACAGUGCCCUACGGUGUGCAGCAACAGCAACAAUCAUCCUUCAACACUACCACUAUUGACACGGGGGUACAAAGCACCGUUGCUGCUGGAGGCAGAGUCUCUGUAGAUGAUUUUCAAACCGGCAACUUUGUAGUGAUACGGACGGAUUUGGUACAGCACUCAGUGCCCGCCAUCUGGCGUGUCGAUGGGAAAACAUUGCUGCAAAAGUACGAACCAUUGAAGGAUGAAAGUGGCAAAACGUUAUAUCGCAACGUUUCAACCUAUUCGGCCUGGAAUGCAGAUUCAAAGAAACUGUACGUGAAAAUACCGGUAACGUUCCGGGUUCACAAUAUGACGGAAUCGAUCGUUGAGUUCAAGCGGGACGAGUUUAUGCUGACUUACGAUCACUUUAAUACUAGUGCGGAAGGUAUCAAUGGUUGUGAAACCGGCGCCAUCGAGAACCAGCAGCAACAGCAGCCGCCGGACAAAUCGAUGGGACUCGAAACGAAGUCGUACCAAGAUGUGUUCGAGGUGUACAUUCAAACACUGAUUUCCCAGGCGCUCGAUACGAACUUUUUGAAAGAAAUCUUCCAAGAGCAAGAUGAUUACUUCCUUUCGCGCGUGAAAAUUAUCGACAACUUUACGGAAGAUCGUAAGCGACGCCUGAUACAGGUGACACCCUGGCCGCAUAAUAUUAUCACCUCGAUUGCCACCCUACCGGGGUACAGCAUAAUGGCUGAGCUGAGUGGAGGCCAUCAUCUUCAGCAGCAGCAUCAACAGACGGCGGUUUGUGCCACCUGCCAUCAGUCUGGUAUCUCGGUACGGAUCGUGCUGCAGGGUCAACCGUACAAUGGAGCAACGCUUGCACCGUCGACUAUUUCACAUGAGCAUGGCAAGAGUUUCCCAUUGUGUCGGCUCUGCACGACACGCUUUGAGCUACUGCACAAAAUAUGCCAUCAGAAGUACAUGAUGUACGUUGAAUGCUCGAAGCGCGUUAACCAGCAGAUUUCCCACGAUUCCGGUAAGGCAGCCACCGUCAUCUUGAACGAGCUACUGGCCGACGAAAAUUGGUUGGCAAUGCUGUUCAAAGAGGUACGCGGUAUAUGGUCGGAAAUCGAAAACCUUGAACGUCAGUGUCGCUUUCAAGGUACCGCUAUCCAGUAGUUCAGCAUCUGGAAACAGUGCACACCGGCUUAUGUGUUAUUUUUAAGUUCAUUUUGUUUCACUCCAUUUAAGUUUAUGUUUAUGUGAACCUUCUUUUUAUCAUAUCAGUUUGUACAUAACAUUACAAACGUGGUGCUCAUCCCAAUGAGCCCUUGGUCAAGUAAUAUGAAACCAGUGCAUCGUGGGCCAUCCGCAGAGUAGGAAGCAGUUAUUUUGACGGUACAAUUUGCUUUUGAUAAGAGCGCUAUGUGAAAUGUAUUAGUAGAAAAUAAAUCGAAAAUUCUUCCAUCAGGAAGUGAGAACA